UGCGCGCAAGCAUGUACCUGCGCGCAAGCAUGUACCUGCGCGCAAGCAUGUACGUCAUAGCUUUCCGAAGGCCGCUGCGUCAAUUACCGCGCAUUUUUUACGUAACAUCCUUAUCAUUUACCUUGUCAAUUUCCAAAAAGUUUGAACGUAGAAACUCUUUCGGAAAGAUUGAUUACCCUUACCUGGUCUCCCGACAACGAGCAAUACAAGUACCUAGGUACCUAGGUACGGACAAUUUUAGAAUAUAAAAGUAACAAUAGUCGUUAUACAUAAAUAAAGUCGAUAUAUCUUUACUAGACUUUACGACAUUUAGCAUUUGGGAUAUCCAUACCCAAGACUCAUACGAAAACCCCUAAGAAAACCAGCUUCAGUCAUAAUUAUCAACCAUGACAUCGGAUAAGAAGGUUGUUUUGAUUACAGGUGGUAGUACUGGCCUCGGCUUCGAAAUUACGAAGGCUUUAUAUCAGUCUGAAAUUCCGUACGAGCUCAUCAUCGGGGCCCUGGUUGUAUCUGAUGGCGAGGACGCCAUUGCAGCACUGCGCAAAGAAACCCCGCAGUCUGCCUCCUCGCUCAGCCUUGUACAAGUAGACCUCACCUCUGAUGCGUCACUUGAGAAGGCCAUCGAGUACAUCAGCUCGCAGCAUGGAAGACUAGACUCACUAGUCAAUAAUAGCGGCGGUAGCUUCGACUUGGAUAUACAGGAAGGCAGAAUGUCGCUACGCGAGGGCUUUAACGCUACCUGGAACCUCAACGUGACUGGCACUCACGUGCUUACCUCGCUCGCGGUCCCUCUGCUGCUGAAGUCUACUGAUCCUCGCAUCGUGUUUAUGACCAGCGGCACAAGCACACUCACAGAGACCGAGAACACAACUAAUCCCAACUCUGCGGGCAUCAACGAUAGUCCGCCCGCUGGAUGGCCGAAGCCGAAGAUUGGGAUGCCUGUGACGGGGUAUCGUUCCACAAAAACGGCUCUGAAUAUGUUGAUGCGUGAAUGGCAUCGUAUCCUCAAGAAUGACGGCGUCAAGGUAUGGGCUGUAUCCCCUGGAUUUUUUGUUACUGGGCUAGGAGGGUUCGGCUCCGAGACCUUAAAGAAGCUGGGUGCGCGUGAUCCAUCUAUCGGUGGUCAGUUCGUCAGGGACGUUCUACAAGGGAAGCGGGACGAAGAUGCUGGGAAGGCUAUUAGGUCAAGUACUAUCCAACCUUGGUAGAUGACGGAUUCAAGAUAUUAUAUAGGCACCUCAGGUUUCUAGGCCAUGUAGGUAGUUAAUUCCCGAAACUGGCCCGUCACCUUCAGUAAUAAAGGAGAACACAUUACUUACUAAAGCUAACCUUCCGAAUUUGACACCCUUUCUAUACAUCUUCAAUCUAAAAUUCCCUAAAAGUAUGAUAUAGAUAAACAAUUGAGAUUAAACUAAAUUGGGCUAUGUUUUUAUGUUUUAUGUGAGAUGUAUAUACACCUUGAUUGUUUGUAAAAAUGAUAGUAAUAAUAAUAAUA